CGGCCCGUAGCCAUUUUGGCUCAAGCCCUUUUUUUCCGCAGCGCGCCCGCGCUCCGCCCUCGCACGUUCGCCCCCCGCCGCUCGGGCGCCGAUGGCGUUCCGCUGCCUCGCGCUGGCCGCCCUGGUGGGCGGCGCUGCCGCCUUCGUGCCCGCGGCCCCGGCCGCGGCGCGCGCCGAGCCCGCGGGCGUGGCCCAGCGCACUGGGGCCGCGCCUUCGGGAGCCCCCGCGGCCGAUGACGCCGCCCCGUGGUCGACCUGCCUGGUCGGCGGCGCGGCUGUGGGCUACGCGGUCGCGGCGGCGAGCGCGUUUGGCCGCUCGCAGCGCACCGCGGCGAGGGCGGAGGCGAAGCCGCAGAUUGCGGCGGCGAGGACGCCCGUGGCCUACCCGAUCUUCACCUUCCGCUGGCUGGCGGUGCACAUGCUGGCCGUGCCGACCGUCUUCUUCUUGGGCGCGAUCAGCUCCAUGCAGUUCAUCCAGCGCUGAGCAGGCGGCCUCAGGGGGGCGCGCGGGUGCCCCGGUGUGGUGUUUUUGGUGCAGAGGCGGCGACGGGGGGGGGCUCGCGGCGGCCGCGGUUCGCCUCCAUACGCCGGCGCGCGCAAGAA